GGGGUCGUGCCCGCCCAAAACCACCUUCUCCAAGUUCUCUUGCACCUACCCUCUGAUUUCUGAAAUGUCUCUUCAGGCUGCAUAAUCCUGAUUUACACUUAGUAUACGGCAGCCAAGAUGUCUUCGAGACCAGAAUUGAAGGUGGAUGAUGAACAUGGUUUCAUCCGCUUUUUCAAGUCUCUUCCCCAUGUCGAUGAAGACGUGAUACGGAUUUUCGACCGGGGUGAUUGGUAUACCGCACACGGUGAAAAUGCAAACUUCAUUGCCCGGACUGCCUACAAGACGACCUCGGUCGUGCGGCAGCUUGGACGAAACGACCAUACCGGCCUCCCCUCGGUUACCAUGACUGCUACCGUCUUCCGCCAAUUCCUCCGCGAGGCACUAUACAAGCUGGGAAGACGCGUCGAGAUCUGGGCAAGCCCGAAUGGGCGGAUGAACUGGAAGAUCGUCAAGCAAGCCUCACCCGGCAACCUGCAGGAUGUCGAGGAGGACCUGGGUAGCCUAGCCGAGGCUGCGCCCGUAAUACUGGCUGUCAAGAUAUUGGCCAAGGCCUCAGAGGCUCCGACCGUAGGAGUGUGCUUCGCAGACGCUAGCGUGCGGGAACUGGGCGUCAGCGAGUUUCUCGACAACGACUUAUUUUCCAAUUUUGAAGCCCUGUUGAUCCAGCUUGGCGUCAAGGAAUGUCUCAUUCAGAUUGACCGAGCUGAAAAGGAGAAGGACCCGGCGUUGGCCAAGCUGAGGCAGAUUAUCGACAAUUGCGGUGUUGCCGUGACCGAGCGACCGGCUGGAGACUUUGGUACCAAGGAUGUCGAGCAAGAUCUGGCAAGGCUGCUGAAAGACGAGAGGUCUGCAACAUUGCUCCCGCAAACCGAUCUCAAACUUGCUAUGGGCUCAGCAGCCGCUUUGAUAAAGUAUCUCGGUGUCCUCCACGAUCCUUCCAAUUUUGGCCAGUAUCAGCUCUACCAGCAUGACCUGGCUCAAUUCAUGAAGCUCGACGCGGCAGCGCUCAAGGCACUCAAUCUGAUGCCCGGGGCGCGGGAUGGUGCAAAGAAUAUGAGCCUGUUCGGCUUGCUGAACCAUUGCAAGACGCCUGUCGGAAGCAGGCUACUUUCACAGUGGCUGAAGCAACCUCUUAUGGAUAGGGAGGAAAUUGAGAAACGCCAACAGCUCGUCGAAGCAUUCGUAAACGAUACGGAGCUCCGUCAAACUCUGCAAGAGGAACAUCUUAGGUCCAUCCCGGAUCUUUACCGCCUGGCAAAGCGAUUUCAGCGCGGCAAGGCCAACCUAGAGGAUGUUGUCCGAGCAUACCAGGUUAUCAUUCGCCUGCCCGGUUUCCUCGGCACGUUUGAGGGUGUGAUGGACGAAGCGUACCGCGACCCCUUGGACGAAGCCUACACCAACAAGCUCCGCGAGUUGUCCGACAGCUUGGCCAAGCUUCAAGAGAUGGUAGAGACUACAGUUGAUCUUGACGCGCUGGACAACCACGAAUUCAUCAUCAAGCCCGAUUUCGACGACAGCUUGCGCAUCAUUCGAAAGAAACUUGACCGUUUACGUACCGACAUGGACAGGGAAUUUGCAGAUGCUGCCAGCGACCUCGGCCAGGAGAGGGACAAGAAAAUAUUCCUUGAAAACCACAAGGUCCAUGGAUGGUGCAUGCGCCUAACCCGGACGGAAGCCGGCUGCAUCCGGAACAAGCCACGGUACAUGGAGUGCUCGACCCAGAAAAACGGCGUGUACUUCACGACCAAGACGCUCCAAGGUUAUCGCCGCGAAUUUGACCAGCUGUCCCAGAAUUACAACAGGACGCAGAGUGGCUUAGUCAACGAGGUUGUUAGCGUGGCCGCCUCAUACAGCCCAGUUAUUGAGAGACUUGCGGGUGUGCUCGCGCACCUGGACGUGAUAGUUUCCUUCGCCCACUGCUCCGUGCAUGCACCCAUUUCCUAUGUCCGGCCCAAGAUCCACCCCCGUGGAGAAGGCCAGACAAUCCUAAAGGAAGCCCGGCAUCCAUGCAUGGAGAUGCAGGACGACAUCCAGUUCAUCACCAACGACGUCGAGCUGAGGCGGGACGAUUCCUCGUUCCUCAUCAUCACCGGUCCCAACAUGGGCGGCAAGUCGACCUACAUCCGGCAGAUUGGCGUGAUCGCACUAAUGGCGCAGAUUGGCUGCUUCGUGCCGUGCAGCUCGGCCGAGCUGACCAUCUUCGACAGCAUCCUGGCGCGCGUGGGCGCCAGCGACAGCCAGCUCAAGGGCGUGUCGACCUUCAUGGCCGAGAUGCUCGAGACGGCCAACAUCCUCAAGUCGGCCACGGCCGAGAGCCUCAUCAUCAUCGACGAGCUCGGCCGUGGCACGUCGACGUACGACGGUUUCGGCCUGGCCUGGGCCAUCUCGGAGCACAUCGUCAAGGAAAUUGGCUGCUUCGCCCUCUUCGCCACCCACUUCCACGAGCUGACCGCCCUGGCCGACCAGUACCGGCAGGUGCGCAACCUGCACGUCACGGCCCACAUCAGCGGGACCGGCAAAAACGGCAACAACAACAGUACGCAGGACGCCAAGCGCGAGGUCACGCUGCUGUACAAGGUCGAGGAAGGCAUCUGCGACCAGAGCUUCGGCAUCCACGUGGCCGAGCUGGUGCGCUUCCCGGACAAGGUGGUGCGCAUGGCCAAGCGCAAGGCCGACGAGCUCGAGGACUUUACCAGCAAGCACGACGCCGCUGACGCCCUCGAGGGCGGCGCCGGCUACAGCAAGAGCGAUGUGGAGGAGGGCAGCGCCCUGCUCAAGGAUCUGCUUGUCCGCUGGAAGGACGAGGUCCGAGCCAAGGGCUUGACGGCCGAUGAGAAUAAGGCCGAGAUGAUUGCGCGUCUGAAGGAGCUCGUGGCUCGGGAUGAGAAGUUGUUGGCUAAUCCUUUCUUUCAGAGCGUUAAGGCGCUGUGAAGCAUGUACGUGAUCCAAUCUGUGCGGGGCGUAUUGUAUGUACAUUGGGAGUGAUUUGGAGCUCGUUUGGGUGGGUGUUGCUGGCGUUGGGGGAUGGCGUAGGGAAGUCGGUAAUACUCACUUAGAGUCCCUGUAGUGCGUUUGAUACACGGGCUGGGGCAGCUGCUUUUUAAACUGUACUUGGGUGACGUGUGCCAACGGUUCAUUGUAAAACAUGGCGACAUGAUCCAUUUUUAUGGAAGACAAACU